AUGGGUAAGUACUCCUGGGAGCCGAAGGCUGAGGAUGAGUCUCGCACUUGCAAGGCACGCGCACCCUACCUGCGCGUUCAUUUUAAGAACACUCACGAAUGUUGUCGGGCGAUUAAAGUGUGUUCUUCUCUUAGAAUGCUCACCGUGUUUAGGGUAUGACUCUCCAGCGUGCUCGCGCAUACCUGAAGAAUGUUAUUGCCAAGAAGGAGAUCGUUCCGUUCCGUCGCUUCAAUGGCAGUGUUGGUCGCCAUGCACAGGCUAAAGCAUGGGGCGUUGUUCAGGGUCGUUGGCCCAAGAAGUCUGCCGAGAUGCUUCUCCAGCUUCUGCACAACGCUUUUAGCAACGGCGUUAACAAGAAUAUUAAGGGCGGUGAGGCCAGCCGAUUGUACAUUAAACACAUUCAGGUUAGUGUUUAUUUAUUUAAUAGUCCGAGUAGGUUAACCCUGCCCCCUCACUUCGCCGCCGCACAUAUCGUGCUCACGGGCGCAUCAAUCCUUAUAUGUCCUACCCAUGUCACAUCGAGGUGAUUCUGGCCACCAAGGAGGAUGUCGUGCCCAAGGUUGCAGCUGCAUCUGCUCAGCCGACAAAGAAGAAGGAAUCUAAGAAGAAGCUGAAGAGGCAGAUGAUGAAGGAAAGCGACGGAUUCUAG